AUGAGGACAGCGGCUGAGCAGAACGAAUGUCAAGGCUCCUUCCAGAACUAUUUGUCUCGAGACACGCUUGCUGUCUGGCUCUGUGAUCAAACGCACCGACCCGGAAGCCGGCGAUUUGGCUGGAAUCAACGCGCGACGGUGUCUGCCCCGAGUAAUCCAAUUGACAGCUAUUACCCCCGUGAUAUCAUGAGUGACAACAGCAACAACUCCCACAACAGCAGAAGGGACAACUGGGACAACAACAGCGCCAACAACUGUAGCCACAACAGCAACAGGGACACCAACUGCCGCACCACCAUUGCCAACAACAGCAACAGCAACAGCACAACAACCGGAGCCACAACAGCAAACACCAACUGCGCACCACCACCGCCAACAACAGCAACAGCAACAACAACAACAACUGUAGCCACACACAACAGGGACACCAACUCCACACCACCAUUGCAACAACAGCAACAACAGCACCCGGACAGGGACCAACUGCCGCCACCAUUGCCAACAAAGCAACAACAACCGUUGGCAACGCACAACAGGCAACAACAACAACAGUCGCAGCGAUGA